AUGCUGGCCCUCCUGACGGAAUCAUGGACGUGGUACGCGGUCACGUGGCUGGUGGUGAUUGCGCGAGUAUUCUCCCGAAAGCUGCUUGUCGGGUCGUUCAAGCAGAUGCAGGUUGAGGAUAUCCUGAUGCUCAUCGCCAUGCUCGCCGACACGGUCCUCGUCGUGGCCAUGAACAUUGUCGCCGACACGAGCAGCAACCUGAUCGACCCGGCCGACACGACGGUGCUGGACGCCGCCAACGUUGCUCUGCGCGAGUACGGGUCCAAGGUGGUGCUGGUCGUGGAGCAGAUGCAGUGCCUGACCAUCUGGCUGGUCAAGGCGUGCCUGCUGCUCAUGUACAGCCGGUUGACCAUGAACCUGAAGCAGCGGGUCGCGGUCAAGGUCGUCGCCAUCUACGCAGUCGUCGGAUUCGUGGUCAUGGAGAUCCUGUACCUUGCCGUCUGGUGCAGGCCGUUCAACCAGUACUGGGCCAUCCCGCCGAACAACGUGCAGUGCUCGGCGGCUACGAACCAUUUGAUAACAAACUUGGUCCUCAACAUCUCGUCCGACAUUAUGAUCAUGCUCAUCCCGAUGCCGAUCCUGCUGCAGUCGUCGCUGCCGCUGAAGAAGAAGCUGAUCCUUUCUGCCAUCUUCCUGCUUGGUUGUUUCACCAUCUUCUCGGCGCUGCUCAGCAAGUACUACAGCUUCACGGAGCCCUUCGGAUCGUCCUGGACCUUCUGGUACAUCCGCGAGUCGUCGACGGCGCUGAUCACGGCCAACCUGCCCGCGACGUGGACGCUGAUCCGCCACCACUUCCACCUGUCGUCGUUCAACCACAAGUCGUCCGCGCGGACGACGGGGGGCAACCUGUCGUCGGGCUUCCGGGCGGGGUACCCGAACAACCGGCACGGGUCGCGGCUGCACUCGACGGCGGGCGGGGGCACGCGCAACGGGGGCGGGAGCCGGAGCGCGGACGAGGACGCGCUAGAGCUCGGGACGACCGACAGCCAGGAGCGCAUCAACAAGACGUACAUGAUGCCGCUGCAGAUCUACAAGCAGCAGGAGGUGCAGGUCGAGGUGCAGAUCUCGUUCCUUGCGGACGGCGGCAGCAAGGGCGGCAGCCCCGGCAGGGCGCGGGACGGUGUGACGACGACGAUUGCGGGCGGUGGUCGUUGA